AACUUGAAAAAAGUUAAGUUAAUAUUUAGUUCUGUCUCUUAAGACAUAAAAAGUACUUGGUUGCCUAACAAUGCCGAGAGUAUUUUUAAUUAAAAGACUGAAUCUCAAAGAGUCUAACCACCAGUCACAGUGGAGUCCAGUUACUCCACCACCAAGUCCUGAGGACGAUGUGAAAGACGAUCACCGAAAGAGUGCAAGCACAAGUUGGUUAUCAACUUCAGCAUCUCCUGAGCCAAUGUCACCGACAUGUGUCGAUGAAACUCUAUCAAAUGAGUCCAAUUCACAAUGUGCUAUUGAAAAUUCACCUUCUCCUUCGUCUUCAUCCGCAUCGUCAGUAUCUUCAACUACGGCCUCAAUUUGUCAACGAGUACCUGUAAUAAAAAACUUAAAUCAAAGCGAUGGCCCUCUUAACUUGAAAGUAUCAUCUCAACCAAGAAUUACCGUAACUGACAAAAUGUAUCAAGAGUCAAUUGAAAGAUCUCGUAGUGAAUCUAAUGGUGAGAUUGAACCAUCUCUUCCCCCAACAGUUCAACUUCUUGCUCAAAGACUAGGAAUUUCUCUUCACAUGUUUAAUUCUAUUGAUUUCGUCAAUGGAGGACAUGGAAUCAAGAAUCCUUUACUUUUUAAUGGCAAUGCUGCUAAAGUUCAGCCAGUUAUUCAACCAAGUGCGGAUGAUCCAAUGAAGUGUCCAAUAUGUGAAAAACGAUUUACUUUAACUCGCUUACUCAAUCGCCACCUUAAAUGUCAUUCAGACAUCAAAUGUUAUUUAUGCACAUUUUGUGGUAAAGGCUUUAAUGACACCUUUGAUCUUAAAAGGCACACCAGAACUCAUACAGGUGUUCGUCCAUACAAAUGUGACCAUUGUGAUAAAUCAUUCACUCAAAGAUGCUCUCUCGAAUCUCAUACUCUUAAAGUCCAUGGUAUUUCGCACACAUAUGCAUAUAAAGAAAGGAGGACAAAAAUUUACGUUUGCGAGGAGUGUGGAAACACUACCAAUGAACCGGAAUCACAUUAUCUCCAUCUUAAACAGAAUCAUCCUUAUUCGCCUGCUUUGACAAAAUUUUACGACAAAAGACUUUUCAAAUUUAAUGAUUCCAAUUUUCCUUUUGCUGAAUGAAAAUAUCAAUUCCUCGACCAUGAUUGCUAAAAUAAGUUGGCAGAUAUGAAUGUUGCAUCUUUUGACCGCUGAUAUCUGCGUGUCCU